AUGGGCAUCAGAACUAUUAACUUAGAUCCUUUAAAACACUGUUCCCGCAGAUUGCUCAACAUGGCCGCCUCUCAGCAAGAAAAAGCGUCGAAAACAAAGGUUCAGUUUGCUUUGAAGACCCCUAAGGGCACCAAGGACUGGUCCGACAAGGACAUGGUCAUCAGAGAGGGUAUCUUUACCAGCUUAUCAAAUGUGUUCAAGCGUCAUGGUGGUAUUACACUUGACACUCCUGUUUUUGAACUGCGCGAAAUUUUGGCAGGUAAAUAUGGUGAAGACUCCAAGCUCAUUUACAAUCUUGAAGACCAAGGUGGGGAACUAUGUUCCUUGCGUUACGACUUGACGGUUCCUUUUGCCAGGUUUGUCGCCAUGAACAAUAUUCAGAAUAUAAAAAGAUACCACAUUGCUAAAGUUUACAGAAGAGACCAGCCAGCAAUGACCAAAGGUCGUAUGAGAGAGUUCUACCAAUGCGAUUUCGACAUUGCAGGUAAUUACGAAACCAUGGUUCCAGAUGCUGAAUGUUUCUCAAUCCUCGUUGAAGGUUUCGCCAGCUUAGGAAUCAAGGACUAUAAGAUUAAAUUGAACCACAGAAAAAUCUUAGACGGUAUUUUCCAAGUCGCUGGUGUCAAGGAUGAGGACGUGAGAAAAAUCUCCUCUGCUGUGGAUAAACUUGACAAAAGCCCUUGGGAUGUGGUCAAGAAGGAAAUGGUCGUCGAAAAGGGUCAGAGUGAGGCUACUGCAGAUAGAAUAGGCGAGUAUGUGAAACUUAAUGGCUCUUUGCAAGAAGUCCAUGCUCUCCUGUCUCAAAACACUGACAUUGUCUCCAACGAAAAGGCCAAACAAGGCCUGGAUGAACUGGCUGUCUUCAUUCAGUAUGUGGAAGCUCUUGAAAUCGACUCUCACAUAUCUUUCGAUUUGUCGCUAGCCAGAGGUUUAGACUACUACACCGGUAUUAUCUUCGAAGUUGUCACUUCUGGGUCCGCUCCUCCCAAGAACGCUGAAGAACUGAAGAAAAAGGCGAAAGGUGCUGAAGAUGCCUCUGAAUAUGUCGGUGUCGGUUCUAUUGCUGGUGGUGGUCGUUACGACAACUUGGUUAACAUGUUUGCUGAAGCGACAGGCAAAAAGUCAGGACAGAUUCCAUGUAUGGGUAUAUCCUUCGGUGUCGAAAGAAUUUUUUCUCUUAUCAAGCAAAGAACUGAAAAAGCCGCUGCUAUUAGACCUACUUCAACUAAAGUAUUCGUAAUGGCUUUUGGUGGUGGUAAAGACUGGACUGGUUAUUUGCCAGAAAGGAUGAAAGUUGCGAAACAAUUAUGGAAUGCUGGUAUCGCAACCGAAUAUGUUUACAAGUCUAAGGCCAACCCCAGAAAACAAUUUGACGCUGCUGAUAAAUGUGGAUGUCCAAUUGCUGUAAUUCUCGGCAAGGAAGAAUACUUAGACAACAAGUUGAGAGUCAAGAGACUUGGCCCUGAAUUUGCUAAUGAUGAUGGCGAAUUGAUCGAUGCAGCUGAUCUAGUGGAAGUAGUGAGCAAGAAAUUGUCCGAAAUCUACCAAGACGGAGCCGACGAGAUCACAAAACUAUUCCAAGAUUUAUGA